AUGGACAGAACAUCGAACUUCACAGAAAGCUUCAAUGAGCCACAUCCAGGCAGUCCGUUUCGCCCUGGAGAACCUCAAAUCCAACUCAACGACACCACAGUAGAUCUCAACUUCUCUCCGGAUGUCUCCCGCCCGAGUACGCCUCGAUCGCCGGCGUCGUCAAGCUUUCGUCCUUCUGAUCCAGCAGCUGAAUCGUCCAUCUCCGAGAAUAUUUCCAGCUCACCAGAUCCAGACAGGCAAGCAGAUACUCGAUCCAUCCGCAGCACUCGCAGUCGCGUAUUCGACGACAUAAAGUACGAAGUCAUGAUAAAUCACCUGUAUCAGAAGCAAUGCGCCCAGCUCUGGAUCGACCACAACAGUCCAGCUAACGCCGAAGGCGUUCUACUUCGCAAGUCAAGAGGUCAAUAUCUUGCCUGCCCGCCACAGCUGAUCCACUCGACAUUCGCGUCGGCAUGCAGCCAGCUCAACCUGCAGGUAGCCAUGACGGUCAACUCGAGAGUCAUCAAGGCCUUCGUUGCUUCAUCACCCAACAGCUACGAAGUCCCGCUUAAGGAUGGCGCACGUAUUCAGAUCUUGCCCGACAUGCACCACCUGCCGUUGGCACGCAAGUACCACUUUGCGGCCUUCUUAGCGGCGGAAGAGCUCUUGAUCGUCUGGGACGACAAUGCUGCUAAGCUUGUCAAAAGAGCCAAAACGAUCGAGGAUGCUUUGACGGAGCUUGUCUGGGGCAAUCCAGACGAAGAGGAGGACGAAGAUGCAGAAGAUGAAAAGAAGGAGGAUCUCGAUCCGGAAUCUGGCGACCCGGUGCCAGAGAAUAGGCCGACUAACUUGAUGAACACGAUCCUCGUUGCCUUCACCCUGAUGAUCGUCAUCAUGCUUCUCGGACUCGCGGCUCGGUCUCUGGCAGUGGAGAUCGCGGUUGACAAGGGCUUCAUCCGUCUUGCCUUUCUGUCAUUGGUCCCGGUACAAGUCUUCUUCACUCUAUUCUUCGCACAAGUCAUCGUCGGUUGCUUCGCUCAAUGCGUUGGCCCAAUCCAGCAGAUGCAGCUCAACUCCAAGUACUACUCCGCCAAACUUCCACCUAAGCUCCGACGCAAAGUGCUCCCUCAUAUCACUGUUCAGUGCCCAGUCUACAAAGAAGGUCUUGCUUCUGUCAUUGCUCCCACGGUUCGAUCUAUCAAGCAAGCGAUCUCUACAUACGAGCUGCAAGGAGGAUCGGCAAACAUGUUCAUCAACGAUGAUGGUCUACAGCUGAUCUCGGAGGAAGAUCGUCAAGCACGAAUGGACUUCUACCAAGAUCAUUCCAUUGGCUGGACAGCCAGACCGAAGCAUGGGCCCGAAGGCUUCGUUCGUAAAGGCAAAUUCAAGAAGGCGUCAAACAUGAACUUCGGUCUGAUGCUGUCUUGUGCGAUCGAGGAGAAGCUAUCCGCCGUUCACCGCAAUCCUGCAGACUGGGAUCAGGCGUCAGAGGAUGCUGCCUACGCCGCGGCAUUGGCAGAGGUCCUUGCUGAAAAGCCGCGUGCCUGGGCUGAUGGCAACAUCCGCAUGGGCGACUAUGUCCUUCUGAUCGAUAGCGACACGCGCGUCCCGUCCGAUUGUCUCCUGUCAGCUGCUUCCGAAAUGGAGCAAUCACCGUCCGUUGGCAUCAUGCAGUUUUCCUCAGGCGUUAUGCAAGUCGUUCACACGUACUUCGAGAAUGGCAUCACCUUCUUCACGAAUCUGAUUUAUACGGCGAUUCGGUAUACAGUGGCCAGUGGUGACGUCGCUCCCUUCGUGGGGCACAAUGCCAUCUUACGCUGGAGCGCCAUCCAGCAAGUCAGCUACACGGAUGAAGAUGGCUAUGAGAAGUUCUGGUCCGAAAGUCAUGUCAGUGAGGACUUCGAUAUGAGUCUACGCCUUCAAUGCAACGGCUAUAUCAUCCGACUGGCAGCUUGGGCAGGCGAUGGCUUCAAGGAGGGCGUCAGCCUGACCGUUUACGAUGAGCUGGCAAGAUGGGAGAAGUAUGCGUAUGGCUGCAACGAGCUGCUGUUCUAUCCGAUGCGCAAAUGGAUUUACAAAGGGCCGUUCACGCCGCUGUUCAGAGAGUUCCUCUUCUCGAACAUUCGCUUCACCAGUAAGAUCACCAUUGUCAGCUACAUCGGAACAUACUACGCAAUCGGUGCAGCUUGGAUCAUGACGCUUGCAAAUUACUUUGCUGUCGGGUGGUUCAACGGGUAUCUCGACAAGUACUACAUCGACAGUUGGAAGGUAUGGUUUAGUAUCGUUAUUGUGUUCAACGGCCUCGGAAACCUCGCUCUGGCAGUCAUGAGAUAUCGUGUGGGUGAAAAAGGCUUUUUUGCAGCGCUUGCGGAGAACUUCAAAUGGAUUCUCAUGCUAUCGGUGUUUCUGGGGGGUCUGAGUCUGCAUGUCAGCCAAGCGUUGUUGGCACAUAUGUUCGAAGUGGACAUGACAUGGGGUUCUACAUCCAAAGAAGCCGAACGAAGCAACUUCUUCAUCGAGGUCCCCAAAGUCAUCUCCAAAUUCAAAUUCAGCAUCGGCUUCGCAAUCUUCGGCAUCAUCACCAUGAUCUGGCUCGCGACAAAUCCUGGUGGACUCAUACCAUACGACUGGGUCAUCGCCGACUUCAUCGCGAUUCUACCGAUGUCGACGGUUUGCGCAAGUCAUUUGCUAUUGCCGGUCGUGCUGAAUCCGGCGCUGAUGACGUUCACUUUCUAG